AAGAUAAGAAUUUGUUCAUGACGUCAAAUGUGCGCGACUUGUACAGACGGCAUGACUUCCAUUCGUCAGUCUGAGCGCGUGUGUUAAAAAAGUAAAGUCUCCAGUAGAACUAAGCUUGUUACGACAUGGAUAUUAACGAAGCUGACAUCUGUGGGUUAGAAGUGAUUGUCGCAGAGGGCGGCAAAGCAGCGCCAUGUUGUCCCCACGGUCCAACUUUGCUUUUCGAGAAAGUUCGCAAAGGAGGUGAGCAAGGCAGACGGUUUUAUGCCUGCUCCGCCUGCAGAGACAGAAAAGAAUGCAACUUCUUCCAGUGGGAAGAUGACAAGGUGUCCGAGGCCCGGCGUUUGGCCAGAGAAGCAGAGAACCAGUCAAAGAGAGCUACGUUCACCACGCAGGAGGACUGCAGCAGGUUUAGGAAGUUUGCUGCCCUCCCACCGGAUGAGAAGAAAUUCUGUCAGGAUUGUCAGACGUUGCUCCUGCCAGGAGAGCGAGAGGUCCACUCCUCUCACAGAACCACAGCCGUCUCCGCGGCUCAGCUGAGCAGGCCCAGUGUUCUGUUGCGUCCGCUGGACAACAAGAAAAGUAAUGCGCAGUACCUGUUCACCGACCGCAGCGCCAACUUUCUGCUGGACACCCUAGCUGGUCUGGGUUUCAGGAAGGUGCUGUGCGUGGGCACACCAAGGCUUCAGGAGCUGAUCAAGUUGCGAAACCUUGAGCAGAAACGUGAGCAAAUGACGAGUCUGCUGCUGGACAUUGACUUCAGAUACAGUCAGUUCUACAGCAAGAAUGAAUUCUGUCACUACAACAUGUUCAACCAUCAUUUCUUUGAUGGAGAGGUAUCCGCUGCAGUGCUGCAGGCCUUCCUCACAGAGAGCAAGGGCCACAAAGUGGUGAUGGUGGCCGACCCUCCGUUCGGUGGCCUGGUGACCCCUUUGGCAAACAGCUUCUCUCUGAUCUCCCAGGAAUGGAGGAAGCUCCAAAGUUCUGACUGCAGUAACAUCGACAUUCCCAUGAUGUGGAUCUUCCCAUACUUCUUUGAGCCUCGCAUCCUACAGAGUCUCCCCUCAUGCACCAUGCUGGACUACCAGGUCGACUAUGACAACCAUCCUCUGUAUAAACACGGGAAGACGGGAAGGAAGCAGUCUCCUGUCAGAGUGUUCACCAAUAUCUCCCCCAGAGACAUCGUCCUGCCCAAAGAUGAGGGAUACAGGUUCUGCUCUGUGUGUCAGAGAUUCGUCAUUACCAAGCACUGUGCUAAAUGCAACAUCUGUCCAUCCAAGGACGGCCGAGAAUGGAAGCACUGCUCUACGUGUGAGAAAUGUGUGAAACCAUCCUGGAGACACUGCCAGCACUGCGGUCACUGUGCCCUCCCCGACCACCCAUGUGGAGACAGUCCAGCGGAUAAGGGCUGCUUCAACUGUGGCAGCCUGGAGCACAAGCGCAAAGCGUGCCUUCUCAAAGACACCCACAGGAUCAACCGUCAGUCCAAUGCCAAGAGUGGAGGCAAACAUGUAUCCCGGGCCUUGUCGAAGCCAAAAACGAAGAAGUCUGGAGCAGCUCGCAGGCACAAGAAGCUGGCAGUUCUGUCCAAGUGACCUCAGCACGCAUGCAGCCGCGUUCAUUAUAUAUGAACUCAAAUAGUCUUCUUUACACUGUUAGCUGAUUAAUAAACAUAAAAGGAGAAUUUCUUUGUUUUUCAUUGCAAUGCAUACACACCCAAAGUACACUCACCGGCCACUUUAUUAGGUACACCUGUCCAACUGCUCGUUAACACUUAAUUUCUAAGCAGCCAAUCACAUGGCGGCAACUCAGUGCAUUUAGGCAUGUAGACAUUGUCAAGACAAUCUCCUGCAGUUCAAACCGAGCAUCAGUAUGGGGAAGAAAGGUGAUUUGAGUGACUUUGAACGUGGCAUGAUUGUUGGUGCCAGAAGGGCUGGUCUGAGUAUUUCAGAAACUGCUAAUCUACUGGGAUUUU